UUUUUUCUGGUUGUGGGGAUUGGACCUCUGUGGCCCAGAGAGUUCCACCCUGCGGUUUUAGAUUUUCAUACUGUGCUCGCAGAGGUUCUUGCCCAUUUAAUGCCUCUGCACCAUCUCCUGGAUGCUGGAUUAAUGCUUACCAUGUUUAUUUCUUGUUUAUAUGAAACAUAUUAAGACUGACGCAGGUUCUCUGAAGAAAGCAGGUCUCUUCUCAAUAUGGCAUUACCAAACAUUUACACUGAAGUGAACUUCAAAAAUCAACCUUUUUCCUCAGGCAUCACCUCUGACUCAUCGUCAUGUACCGCCUCAGACUCGUCUUCAGUGCUCCCAAAGAAGACCAGCAUUCACAAAAGUACUCCUGGCUUUCCCAUGCUGCUUCUUGCCUUGUUGAUAUUUUUCCUGUUGCUGGCAAUCUUUUUCUCCAUUGCUCUGAUCAUUUUGUUUCAAAUGUAUUCUGGUCUCCUUGAAGGAAAAAAUACUCUAAAUCAACUGAAUCAUGCAAAAUUGCAUUGUGUAAAAAAUCACUCAUCCGUGGAAGACAAAGUCUGGAGCUGUUGUCCAAUGAAUUGGAAGCCAUUUGGUUCCCACUGCUACUUCACUUCCCGAGACUCUGCAUCCUGGAGUGAGAGUGAGGAGAAGUGCUCCCUCAGGGGUGCUCAUCUGCUGGUGAUCCACAGCCAGGAAGAGCAGGAUUUCAUCACCAACACUCUGAACCCUCGUGCUGCUUAUUAUGUGGGUCUGUCAGAUCCAGAGGGCCACGGGCAAUGGCAGUGGGUUGAUCAGACACCAUAUGAUCAAAAUGCCACCUCCUGGCACUCAGAUGAACCCAGUGGCAGCACGGGAUUGUGUGUUGUGCUAAAUUACCAUCCACACCUUAAAGGAUGGGGCUGGAGUGUCGUCCCUUGUGACGGUGAUCAUAGGUUGGUUUGUGAGAUGAGGCAGCUCUACCUAUGAAAGAAACAUUCUCUGCAGACCCAUGAUGUGAUUGGAGUGGAAGCUGUAAUUAUAGAGAUAGCUAAGAAGUUCUCCAUUUGGUCCUCUUAGGGAUCAAAUAGGGACUUGGAAUUGUAUCAGAAAGCCAGAUUCUUAGACAGUUUCCUCUCCUCUCCUCCUCUCCUUCCCUCCCUCUGUCCCCACCCCCCACCCCACUGUGUGUGUCUUUGGAGACAGGGUCUCACUAUGUACCUCUGGCUGUGCUAGAACUCACUAUGUAGAUGAGCCUGACCUCAAAUUCACAGAGAUUCUCUUGCCUUUGUUUUCUGAGUGUUAGAAUUAAAGGCAUGCACCACUACCACCACCACUCAGCCUCUUAGAACAUUCUUUAUGUGUAAGAGAUGUCUGCAGAAUUUUAGGUCGGUAGGUAACUGAUCCUUCCAUUUAUAAGAGCACCAGCUCACUUUUGUACGUAUUCAUUCAUUUUCUCAUUCAUAAAGCAAGCCUUUUCUCCACGCCAGAUGCUAUGCUAGGGACCCCUUAGAGCACACACAGGAAGCACAUGUGUCUUUCUCUUAACAUUUGUCUGUCUGCAGAGGCUUUAGUCACUGGAUGAUGUGAUUUUGCCCUCAGUCUGCCAUUUGUCUUCCCUCUUUGGCUCUGUUGAUGUAGAAUCGACAAAUAAAUGUUUGUAUACUUAA